UACAUUUUUCCAUUUCCUCUUAUGUUUCCUUUUUAUUGUAUAUCAUCUGCAAAUAACAAUAAAAAGGAAAUGGAGUUUUCUUUUCUGCAUGUUUCCGUCGCCAUAAUUGCCUUAGCCACUAUUACCCAGACAUCUUUUGCACAACCCGCCUGUGAAUCUGAUUGCACUAAAGAGUUUCUUACUGUACAUAACGCGGCUCGAGAAAUAGUUGGUGUUCCACCUGUUAAGUGGAACUCCACCUUAGCAGAGUUUGCCGAAUCUUAUGCUGCCGAGAGGUCUGUUGACUGUGCAUUGAAGCACUCACAAGGACCGUAUGGGGAAAACAUCGCAUUGGCUGGUUUGAAAUCGUCUGUGGCAGAUUCUGUGAAGGGUUGGAUGGAUGAGAAACCAAACUUUGACCAGGCGUCGAAUUCUUGCCCUGGUGGCGAGUGCCGCCAUUAUACACAGGUUGUUUGGCGCGACACCACGAGUAUUGGCUGUGCUAGGGCUGCAUGCACGACUUGGAUGUUCGUCAUUUGCAACUAUUACCCUCCGGGCAACUAUGUGGGCGAACGUCCUUAUUAA